GAGAGACGCAAGUACGAAGAGAGUUAAAGUACUAACAAAUAAAUUAGAAGCUCGUCAAACUUUGCCUGCAUGGUUGUGGCGGAGGACGCAGACAGGAAUAGUUUAAGACAAGCAAUUUUGGAUUUUACUUGAUUUAAUUGUCAAACAUUCUUCUUACAGAGCCGUGCGCAUUUACGCACUUGGAGAGUUAUUCUGGAAUCGUGCCAUUUGCAACUUUUUACCCGCAAAGAAUGUCAGAAGAGAACAAGUCCUUGACAGACCAUCCGCGCAGUCCAGCAGGCAGCGACAGCUCCGUGUCCCAGCAUGGAUCGGACUCAGAGUCCCCGACCUCUCCAGCAGGGUCCGACGCACAGGAGGCAGCGCGCCCGUCCGGGAUUACGCACAAACCGGAGAGCAGCAUGGAGGCUGAGCGCUUCCCCGCCUGCAUCCGCGACGCGGUGUCGCAAGUGCUGAAAGGUUACGACUGGUCGCUGCUCCCGAUGCCGUCUCAAGGGGAGAGAGGGCUGAAGAGCAAACCUCACGUGAAGCGGCCGAUGAACGCGUUCAUGGUUUGGGCGCAGGCAGCGCGGAGAAAGCUGGCGGACCAGUAUCCUCAUCUGCACAACGCUGAGCUCAGCAAGACGCUGGGCAAACUGUGGCGACUUCUCUCUGAAACAGAGAAGCGUCCCUUCGUCGAGGAGGCCGAGAGGCUGAGGAUGCAGCACAAGAAAGACUAUCCAGACUACAAAUACCAGCCUCGGAGACGCAAGAGCACCAAACCGGGACCGGGGGACGGUAGGCCCGGACUGGUCCCGCAUCCGCAGGGCCUGUUUAAAUCAGAACCAGGUGUGGCCAGGCUGGGUGGCAAAGGAGAAGUGCACCAUCAUUACCACCCAGACAGGACAGGUCAGUCUCAUGGACCUCCAACACCUCCCACUACCCCUAAAACUGACCUCCACGUGGGGAACAAACACGAGGGCCAGCGGCCUGUGGACAGCAGCACCACCACCACCACCUCCGGCCGUCAGAACAUUGACUUCAGUAACGUGGACAUCUCAGAGCUCAGCACCGAUGUCAUCAGCACCAUCGAUGGCUUUGACGUCCACGAGUUCGACCAGUACCUCCCUUCCAACAGCCACGGCUCCACCCUUCUAACCCCGCCGGAUAGCAGCAGCCAUGGACACAACAACCCGUCUGGAUCCUUCAUCCCGCCCACCAUCCCAUCUAACAACAUCCCCACCUGGAUGCCCAAAAGUGCGACUUACACUGGAAUGCCACCGUCCUCUUCUAGUCGAGACACGCGCGGGCUCCGCAAGGACACCAGCCCAAAACCUCAGAUCAAAACUGAGCAGAUGAGCCCGGGUCACUACAGCAGCUCUUCCUCCUCCUCCACUCCUCCACCGCCACAACCCGAGUACACCUCACUCAGCUCGGGUGUUUGCCCUUCCUCCACCAACCAAUCUGACUACACUGACCUCCAAAGCUCUGGUUUCUACAGCGCCUUCUCUGGGUACCCUGCCGGUCUGUAUCAGUACCCCUACUUUCACUCCACCCGCAGGCCUUACGCUACACCUCUUAUCAACAGCCUGGCCUUGGCACCACCUCCACACAGUCCUCCCUCUGGCUGGGAGCAGCCUAUCUACACGACACUCACCAGGCCUUGAAGAAGGAGGAACCCCCCCCAAAAAAAUGUAAAUGACUACUCAGAUUGGGACAGAACAGUGGCCUACUUCAUUCCUAAUGUUUUGACCAGUUUGGAUUUCUAAAGGACAGUGCUGUUGACAAAAGAUUCAUAUUUUGCAUCAAUAGUUACAUUUGCUAAUUUUUUAUGUAUUUUGUUUUAAAGAUGAACUAAGAUUCAGUGUUUUGACUCUUGUCUGAGUGAUUUGA